AUGGUACAUAAGGAUUGGGAGGAUGCGAUUCUGAACUUUACCAGCGAUCCGAGUGACGAGAGUUUUUCCAAGUUGAGUGAGGCGUUGCCGUUCAGUUCGUUAUGUCAGUAUUUGACUUUGGCUGAGACAAGUGUGCCGAUGGUAGAUCUGAUGAUGCCGGUGGUGGAGAAGGCGAUGGAAUUGGAGAGUGCGGUGGCGGCGUAUAUCGUGCGUCCAACGAUGACGCGGAUUUGUGAGUUGGCGGAUGAGCCUAUUCUGGAGCCGUUUGUUGAUGGUAUGGAUCAGUUUGAAGUGGCGGAGGGGUAUGUGGGUAUGGUACGAUCUUGGUCGUAUUCGGAGUACUACCCGGAGCGGCGUAGCAUUUUGAAGAAGGUUUUAACGUAUAUGUUACAAGUGUUGGGAGGGACGGCAUUGUGUGUGCCACGUUAUCCCCGACUGCAAAAGGGUGUGGAACGGUUCGGAGAGUGGAUAGCGGGUUUGUGGUUGAAUAUGUUGGACGCGGAGGACACACAAGUUGCGAUGAAUAUGAUUAACUUAUUGCAGGACUUCGGGGCGGUGCAGUAUGUGAUUCCAAAGGCGGAACACUUCUCGACGGUAGUGGGAUUGCGAGAUUUUGAUGACAUGCUUAAACGCUGGCACCGCAGGGACCUGACUGCGGACGAGCUGGACUCAGUAAACCUCUGGAAGGUCUCGCUUCCAGCCACUCUGUUGUCGCGCUGUGAAGGACAGGCCACCUUGCUGGGCGACGUCGAUGUCUCCACUUGUCGUGUGAGAGCCGGGAUUUGCUUGAUCCGGAUUGCGGACAGCAGUCCAAUGCUGCAGGCCAUCGCCGACAACGAGAACUGGCUAGGCGUCAUCCAUCAGCACCUUUACCAGAGCUCGGACGACCUCCUCAAACUUACCGCAGCCGAGGUAAUUAUGACCGAACUACUCGAAUCCCCAUGGGGAUGUGCCGCCCUUUUCCGGGCCAACAUGCUCCACUCAAUUUUGAAGGAAAUCCAUGAACCCACUUUAACUGAACUGACCCGAAAAGCCAUCCUCAGACUCGUAGCCAACGUCUAUGAACGAGUACCCGCCAGCAGAACCGUCAUGGAAAGGGACGAGCACGCCGAGGCCUACUUUAACCACCUCAAGGACCGUCUGCUUUCCGGCGACGAUACGCCUCUGGCUGUCUCCUGCGUAGGCAGCUUCGCCAGUGGCCUCAAUCCCUGCGGUUGCCACGUCAUCCGUCAAAAGCUGCCUGAGUGGCGCGCAGUGUUUCUCAACCUUCUGACUACCGGUGAUGAGCACGAAGCCACCGCCACCAUCAUGGCCCUCCUCCGCAUGGCCGCGGGUAUCCAAAGGGAGAGCACCAUCGUCACAACCGCCAAUUCCUUCGAUACAGUCCACGCAGAACCGGCCUCCUUGAGUUCUGAUCUGGGCUUGGCUGCGGCACAGACUGAUCCGGAAGAGGUGGAGGCUGUGGACGCCGUACUCAAAACCAUCGACGAGGAUAUGACUCCCGUCCUCAUCACUGUCACCUACCGCAAACCCUGGCCCACCGCCCGAGUCCUCAUCUUCAAAGUGUUCGAAGCUCUCAUGGUCAACCACGCAAAAUUCGAAGCGGCCCAGCUCUAUGCCUCAGACCCAGACCUCAUGGAACAGCUCUUCAACAACCCCAGCGACAAUGUCAACGAAGUCAUGGCCGCCAAACAUCACUACAUCAAGAGGCUGCGCCUGCUCUACGACCGCACCACCUCCCCGGAGUUUGCUGAGUGCCUAGAGUUCUGCGCUUCGCACGGGGUCUAUGACAUUCCACCCAUGUACCAACACGGAAGCAGGCCGCCGUUGGGCAACUGUCUGGCCCGAAUAGUGACUGUCGGCAUCCCGGAAGAAGAAGAAGGCGCCCCCCACGUGAAGCCAGCCCAGCUCGUUGUUUUGGCGCCUGCUGAGGUGUGGGCGAGAUUUGAGCAAGACGUCGUCGGCGAGAGCUCGAGAGACAUCGUCGACGAGAGUUCGGGAGAUGCAAGAGACAUUGGGCAGGGCUUGUCCAGUGACCUUGGUUCAGGAGAUGUCGGUCUAGGACACGUCGUCGUCGAGAGCUCGGGAGAUGCAAGAGACAUUGAGCAGGGCUUGUCCAGUGAUCUUGGUUCAGGAGAUGUUGGUCUAGGACACGUCGUCGGCGAGAGCUCGAGAGACAUCGUCGACGAGAGCUCGGGAGAUGCAAGAGACAUUGAGCAGGGCUUGUCCAGUGGUCUAGGAGACGUUGAGCAGGACUUGUACAACGUGCUUGGUUUUGUCAAAAACGUCAGUCGACUAGCAAUUUAUCGCUCGUGUGAUAAGUCUGGCGCGUACACGAAACAUCUAGUGGCUAGUGCUGUGAAAGACGACUUGCUAAGUAUGGGCCUGGAUCGCACCCACCCCCUGGAGUAUGAGGUGGUUUGUGAUGAAGUUUGCGGGGUCAAGCUGGCCGCAAGACCUGCAGAAACCAGCACAAAUGCCAGGUUGCGUGUUUUAGCGAUUGCUCCCCCGGCGUCGGAAUAUGUGAAGAAGUACUUAAAGGACGUGCCUGCGUCCUGGGAAAAGGCGUUGCAAAAUUCUGCAGUACCAUUGAAAGAAAUUGAUGCUAAGAAAUACCACCGUUGGGUCCGGAAUUCACGACUGAAGAAAGCCGGCUGUGCCACAGGAGCGGUCACGGCGGUCGUCGCUAGCGGGGCCGCAGGAUUUUUCUUUUGGCGCUGGUUCUUGUCCGUCUUGCCAGGUGGCACCGAGCUGCCACUGUAG